GCCGUGCCGAGUGGCGGUCCUCGGCGCGCUUGUGCAGGCCUUCGAGUUCAGGCGCCCGUUGUUUGGCUUGCUGAGCCCCGUCUGGGCGCUCACGGGGGCGCGCGCGGUUGCCCGCUACGACGCUCAGAUGGUGGGGGAGCUGAUAUUCAACCUGGUGCUGCUGCCCGUGACUACCGCCCCUCUGCGCAGCCACGUGGACGGGAUGACCGCCGUCUCCGGCGCCUCGGAGUUCGGUGGGGGAGUCUGCGCGUCGGCGAACUUGAGGCUUGAGGCCCACGUGGGCCCGGCGGUGUCCCGAACGGCCUCGGCGGCCCAUGACGUGGCAGAUCACCUGGGAGUCGGCGCUCGGCUGCUCGGCGCGCAGAUGGACCCGCGGGUCGAUUGGGGCGACGUUGUGCGCGUGGGCGAGCACUGCGCUGAGGACGCGCUCGCCGCCUUCGGCAGGAGCUCGCUGCUCCUCGAGGUCCCGUGGAUCAUCGACCUCCUACGGCUGGCUUUUGGAGCGAGGCUGCACACUCUGCUCGACACCGUCGCGGGCUUGUCGGAGGCCAACGUCCAGGCGAUCGCCAGGCGGCCGAAGGUUGUCCCCCACCUGUUCUGCUCGCCCGCCUUCGUUCCGUGCCGCAGGCCGCGGCUCUACUGGCUCAGUGGACAGCUGCGCCUCACCGCGCGGCGCAGCGGUGCCGACGGGGGCCCCCGCCUGGAGGUCAUCGCGGCAAUGGGCUUGACGAUCGACCUCGGCUGGGAGGACGCCGGCUGGUCCGCCGCCGAGCUCCCCGCCGUGCGCGAGCUCGCCCUGGCCUCGAGCCUGGACGCCUUCCAGGCUGCGAGGAGAGGGAGGGACCGGUCGAGGAAGCUCGAUGUCAAGCACACUGCCGCCGCCACGAAGGUCUCGAACUCAGAGGGCGCGGCGGACGCCAGGUGCCUCGUCCUCGGCAGCAGCUCGAGCGCGCAUCCCGCGGCAUGGGCUUCGCAGCACGAGCUCCAGGCGGAGGGGGCUCUUGCGCGGCCCGCGACGAUCAGGGAGCUUGCGCACGGUGGGGAGCGUUGCGAGAUUUGGAACCAGUGCGGGACAUUCGAGGGCAACGCUGGUUGCCACGACACGGAAGAGUCGAGGCGCCUCGUCCUGCGCUGCUUCGGCCUUGGCGAAUGGGGCGGCUUGGACACCGCAUCGAUCGGGGCCUGCCCUGCUGCUCAGGAGCAGGCCGCGGUCGAGCUUG